ACAAGCAGCCCAGGGCCAACCCACUGUGUAUUUCCGUGUUACUUCCUUGUUCUAUCUUAUCUUUGGUAUUUUUCUGGAGAGAAAUGUGUAGACAGCGGUAAUUUUUGGACGAUUCGGCUACUUAUCAAUGCGAGCGACAGAUACGCAUAAUAAUUGUUUUCUUUAGAUCCCCGCCUUGCGGUUACUGAUUCGUCAAGACCCGCUGAGGUGAUCAGGAGGUGUAGAACUUCUUCACCCCAGAACUUCUCGUCGAUGGCAGACUCCCGAGAAAGACGGAAAACCGGCGAAGAUGAGCCUCCGGGUGCAGUCGGGGGUGAAGAUGUCAUCGACGACAGAAUUAUGGAACAAGGAGCUGUUGUUUUAAGAGGGUAUGUCAUAGAGAGGGUCAGUGCAGAAAACCCAGAGAGACGUUUGACUCCAGAGGACCUUGGUGGCAGACCCAACGAACUAGAGGACCACCAAGUCAAAGAAGUGGUACAACAGCUGCUGCUGAUCGCUGAUGACCUGAACAGAAAUGCUGAGCUACAACACCUAAUAAGCACAGUCCAGGUAAACUGUGUCCAGGAUGUGUUCUUCUCAGUGGCCAGGGAAAUCUUUGCAGAUGGUAUCAACUGGGGCAGAGUGGUCUCCCUGUUUCACUUGGCCUACAAGCUUAUUUACAAGGCACUGACACAGAACCACUUAGAAAUCAUCAAGAAGGUUAUUAGCUGGGUAUUACAGUUCAUCAGGGAAAAUGUCUCCGCUUGGAUCCGACAGCAAGGAGGAUGGGAGGCGGUUGUUAGCACCGUGUCACAUUGGCGUACUGUGUCGCUUGUGGCUGCAGUGGCUUUCGUGAUGGCCGUGGUUUACUGGAGGAAAACACGCUGACAUCAUCUCAGGAAGCGCCCUUGGUGAAAUCAAAGUGCCCUUAAAAUGUGGACAGUUCUCUAGGAAGACAGGUUAAUGUGUUAUGUCCUGUGCAGUUGAUUUGACUUUGGGGCAAAGGUGACCUAGUAAUCUUUAUUUUUGUAUGUGUGUAUAUAUAUAUAUGAUGAAUUGAUCUGAAAAGGGAGAGUCAGGGGCUUUUUGGUACAGUACUCCAAACUGAGCAAGUAUUUAUUAGUACCAAUGUGAAACGGAAUUUUUCUAUUGCUCAAAAAAUAACCUUGUAAGGUGUUUUAUUGAACAAUGUUUUAUUGGACAUUAGAUUUUUUAUUGAAUCCCAAAUCUUCUAUUGAUUUGGAAUUAAAAGUAAUCCACUACUAUUUUUUCACAGCUCUAAAUAGGUAUUAUAUACAGUGGGGCAAAAAAGUAUUUAGUCAGCCACCAAUUGUGCAAGUUCUCCCACUUAAAAAGAUGAGAGAGGCCUGUAAUUUUCAUCAUAGGUACACUUCAACUAUGACAGACAAAAUGAGGGGAAAAAAUCCAGAAAAUCACAUUGUAGGAUUUUUAAUAAAUUUAUUUGCAAAUUAUGAAAAUAAGUAUUUGGUCAAUAACAAAAGUUCAUCUCAAUACUUUGUUAUAUACCCUUUGUUGGCAAUAACAGAGGUCAAAUGUUUUCUAUGUCUUCACAAGGUUUUCACACACUGUUGCUGAUAUUUUGGCCCAGUCCUCCAUGCAGAUCUCCUCUCGAGCAGUGAUGUUUUGGGGCUGUUGCUGGGACAUGUACUGGCUGAAGCAGGGGGACACAUCUGGCACUGCAGGAUUUGAGUCCCUGGUGGCGUAGUGUGUUACUGAUGGUAGGCUUUGUUACUUUGGUCCCAGCUCUCUGCAGGUCAUUCUCUAGGUCCCCCCGUGUGGUUCUGGAAUUUUUGCUCACCGUUCUUGUGAUCAUUUUGACCCCACGGGGUGAGAUCUUGCGUGGAGCCCCAGAUCGAGGGAGAUUAUCAGUGGUCUUGUAUGUCUUCCAUUUCCUAAUAAUUGCUCCCACAGUUGAUUUCUUCAAACCAAGCUGCUUACCUAUUGCAGAUUCAUUCUUCCCAGCCUGGUGCAGGUCUACAAUUUUGACAGCUCUCUUGGCCAUAGUGGAGUUUGGAAUGUGACUUUGAGGUUGUGGGCAGGUGUCUUUUAUACGGAUAACAAGUUCAAACAGGAGCCAUUAAUACAGGUAACGAGUGGAGGACAGAGGAGCCUCACAGGUCUGUGAGAGCCAGACAUCUUGCUUGUUUGGAGGUGACCAAAUACUUGUUUUCCACCAUAAUUUGCAAAUAAAUUCAUUAAAAAUCCUACAAUGUGAUUUUCUGGAUUUUUUUUCUUCUCAUUUUGUCUGUCAUAGUUGAAGUGUACCUAUGAUGAAAAUUACAGGCCUCUCAACUUUUUAAGUGGGAGAACUUGAACAAUUGGCGGCUGACUAAAUACUUUUUUGCCCCACUGUAUAUGUAUUUGAAUGCACCAAAUGUCUUUUAAAUUUUACAUCGUGGCAAUCAUGCAUACAUGUUUAAUAAAAAUACCUUUGCCAAAGCAAAGUAA